CUGCAACACUGUCUCCCCUUCCUAUGAUCUCUGUUGCAUUGGGAGAAAGAAAGGCGCAUUGUGUUAAAUUUCAAAUUAUCGGAUUAUAAUGGGUUUGUCGUGUUAUAGAAGCGGAUAGACAUUUACUGUGUGACAGGAAGGACCCAUGUUAAUUGUUGUGUUUAAUCGUUAUAUAUAUAGAUGACAUUGAUAGAAAGGGUUCAGGAAUAGGUAUAGAACUGCGGGACGGGUCUGUAAACAAAACGUCCCUCUGUAUAAAUGGAGUUCCAGCUGUAAGGCCACGAAUGACAUAUCUGUUCAUUGGGGAUUUUAAAUCGAUGCCUGAACUUCUGUCCCAACACGCUCAUGUUUAUCCUUUAUAAUAAUUAAUUACAUUUGAUCUGAUUGAAUUAGACGGUUCCUUGACAGUGUUGUUUUCUUUGUGAGUAACGAUUCAUUUGUUGGUUUAAAGAGGAAAUAAAGAGAACUCGGAAAACAGCAAAUAGUAACAUGGGGAAACAAAACAGUAAACUAAAACCGGAAGUGCUUGCUGAUCUGAACUUGAACACAAACUUUAAUAAAGAGGAAAUUCAGGAAUGGUACAAGGGAUUCAUCAAGGACUGCCCUAGCGGAAGCUUAAGCAUAGAAGAAUUUAAAAGUAUCUACUCCGAAUUAUUUCCUCUGGGUGAUGCCUCGAAGUUCGCGGAACACGUAUUCAGAGCAUUUGACGAAAACAAAGACGGUACCCUAGAUUUUAGGGAGUUUAUGUGUGCAUUGAACGUAUCAUCCCGAGGUACUCUGGAGCAGAAAAUCCACUUUGCCUUCCGUAUUUACGACCUUGAUGGAGAUGGAUAUAUCUCAAAAAACGAAAUGUGUGAGAUAAUCAAAGCAAUUUAUAAGAUGGUUGGACCAGCCAUGAAGGACGAUGAGCAAGAACAAACUCCGGAGAAAAGAACGGAAGUGCUGUUUGAAAAGAUGGACAAGAAUAUGGACAAGCUCCUUUCGUUGUCUGAGUUUAUAGAGGGGGUAAAAGGAGAUUCCACCAUUGUCAAAUUUUUACAGUGUGACAUCUAACAAUUCGACAGCUAAGGAUAUUCCAAAUGAACUGUUUGUUAUCGUCUAAAUAAACUGAUCUUAUGUUAUUCGUUAUUCUUUAUUGCAUAUUAUCGUUUCUGAAAUUGUUUUUGUAGAAAAAUUGUGAAACAUUAUCAUAUAUUCAUUCUGAAAAACAAGGAUUGCUUAUGACAUUUCAAAAAGUC